AUGGCGAGCGCAGCACACGAUCCCCGACUGCUAUACAGCGUCAAUAAUAUCCGUGCUUUCCAUAUCCAAGAUGGCGAGGAGCAAGAACUCACGCCGUCCGGCCCUCAAACCCUUUCGUUGCUAAUGGUCCCCACCAAUACCGCCCCUGCUGGCCCGGGGACAGAUUGGCCUGAAGAUUCACCGGAAGAGGAUUUCUAUCUUCACCUAUAUCUCCCACCCGAGCUCGAUAUCGCGAUCCCGGCGACCACACAGAUCUUUCACCAACCUCCCGACAGUUAUCUGAUUCCCCGCUGGGACAUGGGUCCCGAUGCUGGUGCUUUCAUUCGCAUCCAGUUCCCUAGUAUUGGCGCGGGCCCCAGUAACGUGUCCCAGGAUGAUAUUGAUACAUUUGAAUCUAUCCUUGCGCAGUGCACUGCAUUCCUCGAGCGCACUCCGCACCCCAAAUCCCAGGACUAUACUGCUUAUAACCCGGCGGACUACGCACCCGGCGAGGGUUAUGUUGGAACCCCAGAUACAAAGAAAGCAGAUACACAGGGAAGAAUUGUACUCGUGGAUGAAGAAAACGGCAGUGUGGUUGGUGAGCUAGGCGAUGGCUACAAUGUAGUUGAGGAUGCUGACGUGAAGCCUGGCUCUAAGAGACCGGUUGGAAUUGAACUUCCUGCAGAAGGCGAAGGCAACCAAGUCAGUGUUAGCAAUGUCUCCGAAGAAUACCUGGCAAUGGCCCGGCACCCGGCGUAUAAAAACUCGACACUGGUUCAGAGUUCAGCUACAGCAUCUCGACUAAUCGUGACUGGCUCCACAUAUCUAGCAAGUGCUAUCGCGAGCGGUGCAGAGAACUUCCAAAAGAAGACGCAGCCGAAUGUCAAGCCGCUGAAAUUCUCAGACGCUACUCACGCACGCAUCCGCAAGGUCGGCACUCUCUCUAACGGAGCAGCGGAUCUUUCUGCCCGUACAGUCGGACAAGUCGGAAAGGUUGCACAGAACCUAGGUGCAACAUUGGCGCGCAAACACGAAUCGGGCCGGAAAGGUUUCGACAAGCGCAACCCACCACCAGAAUACAAGCCCGGCGUGCUGAACAAAUCGAUGAUCGCAUUCUCAACCUUGGCCGACGGCAUUGAGCAGGGAGCCCGGAACAUGCUCUUUUCCGGAGCCAGCGCCGCGAGCUCCAUGAUUGACCACCGUUACGGCAAUGAGGCAGGCUCCGUUGCCACCAACCUGACUGGCGGCAUCAAGAACGUUGGAUUGGUUUACAUCGAUGCCACCGGUGUCAGUCGCCGCGCUCUCCUGAAAUCUGUUGCCAAGGGUAUGGUUGUUGGAAAGAUGCGCGACGGUCAACAGGUUGUCGUCGGUGGUGGUGACGGUGGCCAUGUAUCAGCUGAAGCUGCGCAGGCUGCUUCGGGUCCUUCUGGCUUGAGCGCCAGGGACCCUGUUGUGCGGCGUGCAUCGCCUAACCCCACACCGCCUCCUGCAUAUGGUGCAUCAGGAACCAUGUCCCUCGACGGGACGUCCAAGUCAGGGGGUAAGCGGUAA